GCCGAAGGCACAGAGAGGAGAGUGGAGGACGCAGGAGAUGGCAGGAGAGUGUGAGCCAAAGGUGCCGGGUGGCCCUGAGGAGGACAUUUUCAGAGACCAGAGAUUCACCAAGAAAGAUCCUGAGGUGUCCACUCGCGGACCAAGGAGCUGUCCAGUGUCCUGGGGCCGCCAGCCUCUGCUGCUGCUGCUCAGCCUCUCUCUGGCCGUCUGCUUCCUGCUCUUGGUGACGACCCUGGUUCAAGUUUCCAGGAUCUCCAAGUCCCCGCAGGUGGAGGCUCAGGAUCAGCAGGAGAACCCCAGCUCGGUCCCUGCUUCUCAGGAUCAGGUGUAUUCAGGCCUGGAACAGAUCCUCCAGCAGCUGAGCCAGAUCAACACCUCCUUGGCUCGCCUGUGCCGUCCUUGCCCCUGGACUUGGGAGCCCUUCCAGGGAAGCUGCUACCUCUUCUCUGGGACACAGGGCACCUGGGAAUCUUCUGUCUCCGCCUGCCGGGCUGUGGGGGCCCACCUGGUGAUCAUCAACAGCACUGCGGAGCAGAGAUUCCUAAGAUACUGGAAUAUCAGGAAAAACAAGGUCACCUGGAUCGGCCUCACUGACCACAGGACAGAGGGCUCCUGGCACUGGGUAGAUGACACCCCUCUGCAGCUCAGCUUCUGGAGUAAGGGGGAGCCCAACAACCGCGGUGAUGAGGACUGCGCGGAGCUGCAAGAUGACGCCUGGAACGACAAUGCCUGUAGCGCAGAGAACUUCUGGAUCUGUGAACAGCCGUCGGCUCCCUGCCCUGGGAGCUGAGGGUCCCUGCUCCCUGUGCCCCCGGGACCAGCAACUUCCGCUUGCUCUCCUCCGCCCCCGCAGCCUUCUGAACUCCCCUUGGUCUUGCAGGGAGGGCUCUGAGACCCGGAAACCCCUCCCCUUGGGUCUCUUCCUUCACAGAGCACUCAUUCCUCUCCCACCGAGGAUGGUCUCAGUCCCAGCCCAGCCCAGCCCCUUGUCCAAGACCCAACGGGCUGGUGGCAUCCUUCACUGGUGCACAGUUUGUCUGCCAUAGUUGCCACCCCAUACUCCUCAGGAUGGAGUGGAAUCAUGAAGCGGAAAAUCACACAGUGGAGGAUGUAUUUUACUCUAACCAUCUUCUGUUCCUUCUCUACAGUGCUAAAUACUAUAGCUUUGUAGUGCAUCUGGUACUGAUAUGUUGUUCUUUUUUAAUAUGUUCUGUGUCGUGCCAGCUCCUCACCCU